AAGAUAACAGCAAAGAGAAUGCAAACAAAAAUCUGCCAUCUUAAUACUGUCAAACCUGGCCGGCUGUUAACAGCUGUUCGCGUGAGACCACCUUAUUAAAUCCGGCUUGAAUAGUUUCGUUGUGGGUAGCUCUUUGUUGUUGUGCUAAUGACACUACCUCUUAAUUGUACCAUAAAUCAUUAUUUUGAAAUUUCCAACUUUAUAUUAUGGUAAAAAAUGGCAGAUGAACCAAAAGACUAUAAAGAAUACAAUUUGGAGGCUGAUUCAGAGCUGCGUUUCGAAAUCGAAGACAAAGAUGCUAAAGUGCAAGUGAUGUUAUUUUCAGGAUUUGCUGAAACGUUUGGCACUGAGUUGGUAAAAAAGAAAAAGUAUAUGUUUGGAGUGGGCGCCAAAGUAGCUAUAUUCACAUACCAGGGCUGUGUGUUACAUGUGACGGGCAAAACUGAUGUUAUUUACAUUUCCAAAGAGACACCCAUGGUACAGUAUUUAAAUUGUCAUGCUGCAUUGGAACAAUUACGGGAGCAGGCAGAAGAAAAGGACGAACGUGGUCCAGUAGCGAUGGUUGUUGGGCCGAUGGAUGUUGGAAAAAGUACAUUGUGCAGAAUUCUACUAAAUUAUGCAGUGCGUUUAGGAAGACGACCGUUGUAUGCAGAUACUGAUGUGGGCCAAGGGGCUUUGUCGAUACCUGGAACGAUUGGAACAAUUUUGGUUGAAAGGCCAGCUAGUAUUGAAGAGGGUCUUUCAAUGACGGCACCACUGGUUUAUCAUUUUGGUUAUAAGACGCCUUCCGGAAACAAUACCUUAUAUAGAGCUGUUGUCAGCAAAAUGGCUGAAGUUACUUUGGAGUCGAUGAACGUAAAUAAGAAAACAAAACACUCGGGAAUUAUAAUAAAUACCUGUGGCUGGGUAAAAGGCGGUGGCUAUGCUAUAUUAGCCCACACAGCUCAAGCAUUUGAAGUAAAUGCCGUGUUUGUCUUGGAUCAGGAACGGCUGUAUAAUGAACUUCUACGUGAUAUGCCAUCAUUUGUGCGCGUUGUUUUGCUUCCAAAAAGCGGAGGUGUUGUUGAACGCAGCAAGGAACAGCGAGCAGAAGCAAGGGAUCAACGAAUUAAGGAAUAUUUUUAUGGCUGCAAAACACCAUUCUACCCAUUUUCGUUCGAAGUCAAAUUUUCGGAUUUGAAGUUGUAUAAAAUAGGUGCCCCACCUCUUCCAGAUUCGUGUAUGCCAAUAGGAAUGAAGGCUGAAGACAACAAAACAAAGCUGGUUGCUGUGACACCAUCUUCAUCUCUUUUACAUCAUAUUUUGGCAGUAAGUUUCGCUGAGACCAAUGAAGAUGAUGUUAUUGGAACUAAUGUAGCUGGAUUUGUCUGUGUCACGGAUGUUGAUAUGGAACGGCAGGCUAUUAUGAUUUUAUCACCACAACCCCGCCCUUUGCCAAAUACCCUUUUGUUGCUCUCCGAUUUACAAUUCAUGGAUAGUCAUGCAUAAUGAUGAUCAGUCUGUCUAUUUAUUAACAUAGUAUAUAAAAAUUAUAUCUUCUAAGCAUUCGAUGUUUUUUGUACUUUGGCCAAUUCGGUUUUAAAUUUGGCAAUUGUUUCGCGGGCCAACUUUAAUUUAUCUUUGAGUGUGUUAAUCUCAUUUUUCACCUUUUGUUUGACAUCAAGAAUAUUUUCCAAUGUUCUUUGCUUCUUUGUUUCGACUGAAAAUGAAUAAAUACUUUAUUUGCAUUAAAA